ACCCCCGUUCGAAGAGACGAAUGUUGAUAGUUUUUUCUUGCUUUUUGAAAAGGUCGCAGUGAAUCAGCAGUGGCCCAGAGCACAGUGGGUGGCGUUGUUACAAAGUGUGUUAAAAGGGAAGGCACAGCGGGUAUAUGCGGCGUUGGCCAUGGAGGAGGAGAGUUUUGACAAAGUAAAGGCGGCCAUUCUCCGGGGUUACGAGCUAGUACCUGAAGCAUAUAGACAAAAGUUCAGAAAUUUACGGAAAGGGUGGAAUCAGACGUAUACCGAUAUUGCCCAUGAGAAGGGUGUGCUCUUGGACCGUUGGUGCACCGCAGAAAUAGUGGACGAGGAUUAUGGGCGUCUCAGGGAGUUAAUUUUGAUUGAGGAAUUUAAAGGUUGUGUUCCGGAGGAGAUCCGGGUGUAUUUGAAUGAGAAACCGAAUAAGUCCAUCUCAGAAUUUGUUAGGUUCGCAGAUAAAUAUGCCCUAACCCAUAAGACAAAGUUUUCCUCGACAAAAAGUUACCCGAGAGACCGUGGGAACAGUAGGGAAAGCCCACCGGCUAAGCCCACCUGCAUAAAGUAUGCGCCUUGGCAAAAGAAAACCUUAAAGACUCCCAGGAAAAAAUGAGCCAGUGGUAUAACCCAAGAAGGAGAGAGCGAGAGUUUCACGUAGGCGACAAGGUUUUGGUCCUAUUUUCGGUAGUUACCCACCCCCUUCAGGCGAGGUUUCAAGGACCAGAUACAGUGCGUAAGAAAAUAGACUCGCUGAAUUACGUGAUUGAAACCCCCGAUUGGCGAAAGCCGACCCAGUUAGUUCACGUGAACAUGAUGAAAGGGUACCAUGACACCACCCCCGCGGUGGUCGGUGCGGCCAUGAAAACCGAUGAGGUAGAGGGGGAUGGUAAGGAGGGACCAGAGCGGUUUGAAAAGAUAGGUAUAGUACCCACCCGAUUGGAGAACUCGGUUAUAUUAGCAAGCCUUGCGGAUAGAGUUAGUCACUUAGAGCCUGAACAGCGGGAGCAGAUAAUACAGCUCAUUAACCGGCAUACCCACUUAUGUCCAGAUGUCCCAAGAAGGUGUAGUGGGACGAAACAUGAUGUGAUAGUUACCUCAACCCAGCCUAUAAAACAGGCCCCUUAUCGGAUGAAUUCCGAAAAGAACCAGCUAGUAGAAAAGGAGAUUGAACAUAUGCUAGCUGCUGGGAUAAUCCGCGAAUCCUCUUCAGCGUGGGCUUCUCCUUGCGUGGUUGUCCCGAAACCGGACGGUACCAUAAGGUUCUGUACCGAUUACCGGAAGGUCAACGCGGUCACCCAGACAGACGCAUUGAUAAAGUGGGGAAGGCGAGAAAUCGCACUCCUCCCUGUUUGCUGGAGAAAUUGAGGAAAUCAAAAUGCAAAUCAUUAUCAUAUUUUUUGGGACUGCCCUGCUAUCAAAAACUAUUGGAGGGGGAUACACAAUGCCCUGCAAGACAUCUUUAAUUGUGAAAUACCGUUGGAGAGUAAGACCAUAUAUUUUGGAUAUAUACCUCAAGAAUGGUUGAAAAGAGAUAAAUAUUUAAUGAAUAUACUGUUGGUGGCUGGUAAAAAGACUCUUACUAGGAAAUGGUUAUCACAGGAGAGCCCAACUUUAAAUACAUGGAUGGAAAUUACAAUGGACAUUUACAAAACGGAGAAAAUAACAGCAUCUGUUAAUCAUAAGCUGGAACAACUUGAUUCAUACUGGGAAAAAUGGUUUAACUACUUAAUGCCUCAUAGGCCUGAUUUUAUUCUCACAAAUGAAUAUGUUGUAAAAAAAAAUCACUCCCUACUUGUACAUAGUUUGUUCCUUUUGCUUGUUUUUUCUUUCCACUCUUUACUAUAAGUGUAUACCCCAGAUAAAUACUUUGUGGAGAUUUGUGAUAUAUAUGAUUAUAUGAUAUAUAUGUACAACGUCUGAAAUACAUUUUAUGGAAAUGUUUGUUUGAUGAACUUCAAUAAAUAAAAUUACAAAAAAAAAGAGUUGUCCGAAAUAACCAAUGCCCCAGUUAACAGGAAGCCACUCUAUUUGUUUGUAUACCUGCUUGGCUCACCUCCAACCCCUGAUCAGGUGAGCUUGCAAUCCCCUGAAGUUUGCUUUAAAGGAGCACACUGGUGACGACAAUGCAUCAUCUGCCAGCUGGUCAAAGCUCAUUCCCUUUUCGA